CCGUCAGUGACAGUGUCAAUUUUGUACUUUGUUAUUUUUUCUGCCAGCAAUUUUCUUGAAAAUUAGGAAUAUUUUCUAUUUUUUUUUUGUUUGAUGCCGACUUACGUAAUUGAUUGGAAAAGUGGAUCAGCUGAAAGUUGUGCUAAAGUCGGUGGUAGCCUAAGUUCAUUCUAUAAUAAGUAAGAAGUGGCCCUAUUAUGAGUACACAACAAAGCCCAGCUAAUGCUUCUAUUGAAAGGGAAAAGGUUUUCCAGUGGAUAUUGGAGCUGACCAGUCCUGAUACUAGAGAAAAUGCUCUGUUCGAAUUAAGCAAAAAACGAGAAAUUGUUCCCGAUUUGGCGCCCAUGCUGUGGAAUAGUUUUGGCACAAUAGCAGCUCUGUUACAAGAGAUCCUGAUCAUUUAUCCUGCAAUUAAUCCUCCUACACUUUCAGCUCACGAAUCGAACAGAGUAUGCAAUGCGCUGGCUCUUCUCCAAUGUGUGGCGUCGCACCCGGAAACAAGAUCUCAAUUCCUUCUAGCCCACAUUCCCUUGUUCUUGUACCCGUUCCUGCACACAGUUUCAAAAACAAGACCUUUCGAGUAUUUACGUUUGACCAGUUUGGGCGUGAUUGGCGCCUUAGUUAAGACUGACGAGCAAGAAGUGAUCACGUUCCUUUUGACCACAGAAAUUAUACCUUUAUGUUUACGAAUUAUGGAAACUGGGUCUGAGCUGAGCAAAACCGUCGCCACUUUUAUAUUGCAGAAAAUUUUACUUGACGAUAGUGGACUGUCUUAUAUUUGUCAGACUUAUGAUCGUUUUAGCCAUGUGGCUAUGAUUUUGGGUAAAAUGGUUAUAUCUUUGGCAAAGGAACCAUCUGCUAGACUUUUAAAACAUGUUGUUAGAUGCUAUUUGCGAUUAUCUGAUAAUCCAAGGGCAAGAGAAGCUUUAAGACAAUGCCUACCAGAUCAAUUGCGUGACACUACCUUCACAGCUUGUCUGCAAGAGGACAAGUCAACAAAACACUGGUUGCAACAAUUAUUGAAAAAUCUGGAAUCCACUGCCAACACCGAUCCAAGACAAGUGGGUAUAUCGCCUUUAGCAGCGCAAUAAAUGGGGGACAAUUGAAUGUGUUUUGUAAUAUUGACAGUGAAAUAUUUUUUUGGAGGACAAACUAUUUGAUGUUUGUGGUUUGGUUUUUUGAUUAGAGAUGUACCUAUACUAGUAAAUAGCUGAGCAAUUUACCAGUGACUUCGAAGGAAUUUAAUUUCGAUUAAUUUACAGUUUUAUUGACAAUACAUUUUUUUUUCAGAGCCUUCUGAUUAAUUUUUUUUUCAAUUUUAAGAGGAAAUGGGAAUUGUAUAACAGUGAUUAUUAUUUAUUCUUAGAAUUUUUUUGUCUGUAUCCUUAUUUUGUAUAUUUCCAUGUGUUUGUUUAUAAUAGUAUUUAAUAUAUUCAGAUAGUUUUGUUUCAACAUCUAAUUAACUUUUUGAAAUUUCGCCAAGCUUAUACCUAUGUGAUGCAGUAGAUAAGUAAAUUUAGUUUUUUAAGAUGUUGAGUUCUCAAUUGAUUGAUGAUAAUAUGUGAUCCUAUUUAACAGAUAAUAUAGUAUAUAUUUGAA